UUUGAACGUUCGAGGAAAAUAAAAUCACCAGCAAUUGUUAUCCUAUUUUCAUUGCAGCUUAGCUCCGUAACCUUUUAUACGACCUGUUCGGCGGAGACGCUGUUAAAUGUAAUUUUAAAUAUAAUAUAAUAUCACAAUCGCUUAUUUACUUAUCAGUUAUCCGUCCUCUCGUGCUCGUGGAGGACGUGGUGUUUUGAUCGUCCGUGACAAACACCGACAUCAGGAUCCCUCUGCGAUAGGCAUGCCCGUCAAAGUGGACAUUACGCCCAGACCUCCGGCAAACUCAAAACAACUAGGGGUCACCGGGUCUAUAUUGUACAGCGGAUCGAAAUUCCAAGGGUUUCAGAGGUCUAAAGGAAACAGUUACGAGGUGGAAGUUGUAUUGCAGUACGUUGACGAGCAAAACGGUUAUUUGUGCGGUUAUCUAAAAAUUAAAGGUCUUACUGAAGAGUUUCCUAAUUUGACUACUUAUUUUGACGGAGAAAUUAUUAACAAAAAGUGUCCAUUUUUGACGAGGAAAUGGGAUGCUGAUGAAGAAGUUGACAAGAAACAUUGGAACAAAUUUGCUGCAUUUUGUCAGUACGCUAAAACUUUUAAUUCUGAUGCAUUUGACUAUGAUGAAUUAAAAAAUGCCGAUCAUGUAUUUAUGCGUUGGAAGGAGCAUUUUCUAGUACCCGAUCAUACAAUACGUGAUAUUAGCGGUGCAUCAUUUGCUGGUUUUUAUUAUAUAUGUUUUCAGAAAUCAACUUCCUCCAUUGAAGGAUAUUAUUAUCAUCGGAGUUCUGAAUGGUAUCAAACAUUAUGCUUAACACAUGUCCCAGAACACAGUACUCAGAUUUACGAAUUUAGGUGAUUUGAAGAAUACCAACUCAUGAUGUUAUAAUGAUAAUAGUACAGGAGUACAUGAAAUUACCUCAAAGCUUUUAGUGUUGUCUAAAGCUUACUGUGAUUUUUUUUAAGCAUUUUUCCUUUUUAGUAGGUAACUAAUUUAUUUUCUACCUAUGUAUUUUAUUAUAAUGAAUGGAUAUGACCUUCUAAAUUGUGUUUGUUUUGUACAUUAAAUAUUUUACAGUAAACAUUUUGCUUGAAUGUUUUUAGUCUUGACAUUUAUCAGUUUAGUUAUUUUAUAACCUUAUUUACAAUGAAAAAAAAUCAUAUAAUUAAUUAUAACCAUUUAUGAUGUACAACCAUGUCAAAA